GCGACGAUGAGCCCCCACGAGGCCCCGCUUGCGCGGCGCCGUUCCCCGCGGACGCGGGUGGGAGGCGAAGGCGCGUCUCCCCGUGGGCUGCGGGGCGCGGAGUGGGCGCGGUGCUGUCCGCGGUGCUGAAGGGGCGCGGCGCUCUCCGCGGUGCUGAAGGGGCGAGGCUCUGUCCGCGGUGUUGAAGGGGGCGAGGCGCCCUGAGGGUGCCGCUCGCUUCCGCCGCCGCCUCGGGGCGCGACCUGCGCGGCCGCGUUGGGAGCAGCGCUGCGCGGGUGGGCGGGCGGGGGCAGCGCGGACACGCCAGGGCUCCUCGCCGUCCGAGGGAUUUAGCCAGCGGCUCCGGGGCGCGGGGUGCUUCGCAGCUGUCUGCCUACGGCGGCGAAUCGCACCCCUCCCCCUCCAGCUCUUCAGCCGGGGACACCGCCAGCGCCAAACCGAGAUUGCUUUGAAACGCUCCCGCAAAGGGAUCUCCGUCCCCUCCCAGCCGGGCAUGGCACUGCCUCCACCCGCCACCACUGAAGCCUGCAAGGCCGAGAAGACUUUCUGACCGUGCCUGGCAACUCCGCGCUGCCGGGAAACCCGGGGGCUGCCUGCAGCGCUCUCAGACUCCCCGCUCGCUGCCGCACACAGGCGCGCUCCCUCGCCCUCGCCCUCGCCCCCCCCCCCCCCCCCCCGGCUCCGCACGCCGUCUCUCCCUCUCUCACACACACACGCGCGCACGCUUUCUCUCACUCUCCCUUUACCCGGACGUGCACUGAUGAUAGCCGUUUAAUGAGGGGGGGGAAGUUAAGAGAUUAAACCAAUAUGAACCAUCGUUGCUCGUAGCGGUGCCCUAUCCAGAGCAGAGCAGAAUCCAGCGAGCACCCCUGCAGGAAUGGAGUCGGUAAAACAAAGGAUUUUGACCCCUGGCAAGGAGGGAUUGAAGAAUUUUGCUGGAAAAUCUCUUGGUCAACUCUACAGAGUCCUAGAGAAGAGGCAGAAGCCCGGGGACACCAUCGAGCUGACGGAAGAUGGAAAGCCCAUGGAAAUGCCCGAGAAGAAAGCUCCUCUGUGCGACUGUACCUGCUUCGGGCUGCCCCGGAGGUACAUCAUUGCCAUCAUGAGUGGACUGGGAUUCUGCAUUUCCUUCGGAAUCCGAUGUAACUUGGGAGUGGCCAUCGUGGAUAUGGUCAAUAACAGCACCAUACACCGAGGAGGAAAAAUUAUUAAAGAGAAAGCGAAGUUUAAUUGGGAUCCUGAAACAGUUGGCAUGAUCCACGGCUCUUUUUUCUGGGGAUACAUAAUCACCCAGAUCCCCGGCGGGUAUAUCUCGUCCCGGCUGGCAGCUAACAGAGUAUUUGGUGCCGCUAUCCUGCUGACAUCCUCCCUCAACAUGUUAAUACCGUCUGCAGCCAGGGUGCACUACGGGUGUGUCAUCUUUGUUAGGAUCUUGCAGGGCCUUGUAGAGGGGGUCACCUACCCUGCCUGCCACGGUAUUUGGAGCAAGUGGGCCCCCCCAUUAGAAAGAAGUAGGUUAGCAACCACUUCCUUUUGUGGUUCCUAUGCAGGAGCUGUUAUUGCAAUGCCUUUAGCUGGAAUUCUAGUGCAAUAUACUGGGUGGUCUUCGGUAUUCUAUGUGUAUGGGAGCUUUGGUAUAGUCUGGUAUAUGUUUUGGCUUUUGGUUUCAUACGAGAGCCCUGCAAAGCAUCCUACGAUCACAGAUGAAGAAAGGAGAUACAUAGAAGAAAGCAUUGGAGAGAGUGCCAACCUUCUAGGUGCAAUGGAAAAAUAUAAAACUCCAUGGAGAAAAUUUUUUACAUCUAUGCCAGUCUAUGCAAUAAUUGUUGCAAACUUCUGUAGAAGCUGGACUUUUUACUUGCUGCUUAUUAGUCAGCCUGCUUACUUUGAGGAAGUCUUUGGAUUUGAAAUAAGCAAGGUGGGUAUCUUAUCUGCUGUGCCGCAUUUAGUGAUGACAAUUAUUGUCCCUAUUGGGGGACAAAUUGCCGACUUUUUAAGAAGCAGGCAGAUUCUUUCAACCACUACUGUGAGAAAGAUAAUGAACUGUGGAGGUUUUGGUAUGGAAGCGACUCUUCUUCUCGUGGUGGGAUAUUCUCACAGUAAAGGAGUGGCUAUUUCAUUCUUAGUGCUUGCAGUAGGCUUUAGUGGAUUCGCCAUAUCUGGAUUCAAUGUCAACCACUUAGACAUUGCCCCGAGGUAUGCCAGCAUCUUAAUGGGGAUUUCUAAUGGAGUCGGGACCUUGUCUGGAAUGGUUUGCCCUAUAAUUGUUGGAGCGAUGACAAAGAACAAGACACGUGAAGAGUGGCAGUAUGUCUUCCUCAUUGCUGCUUUAGUUCAUUACGGAGGUGUUAUCUUCUAUGGCAUAUUUGCUUCAGGAGAGAAACAACCUUGGGCAGACCCUGAACAGACAAGUGAAGAGAAGUGUGGCUUUAUUCACGAAGAUGAACUUGCUGAAGAGACAGGGGACAUUACUCAGAAUUAUGUAAAUUAUGGUACCACCAAGUCUUAUGGUGCUACAACCCAGGUCAACGGUGGCUGGCCUAAUGGUUGGGAGAAAAAAGAGGAAUUUGUACAAGAGGAAGUACAAGACUCAUACAACUACAAGGAAGGAGAUUAUUCAUAACAAACCUAAAUAUUGGGUAUAUUUUGUAGUGUUUGUGAUUAAAUUCAUUGUGAUUGUUUGCACACAGGAAUAAAAUGUGGUAUAAACAUGUAAACACAUAUCAAACAGGAAGGUCUUACUGUAAAAAAAAAUCAUUAAAGUGCAAUCUGUAUGAGUUGUGACAUUUCAUCACUUUCAUUAGGUUAUAUUUGUUCUAUUAACAUUAGAGUUUUAAGGGUUUACUGGUCAAAACUAUAGAGGCAAUUAGAUACUUACAGUAUACAAGAGCUAAAACUCAUAACUAAGGUUUAAAGCACAACUAAGCAACCAAGUUGGCACAUCUAAUGCUCUUUUUAGAAAGCCAAAAUUACUUGAUAAUUAAAAUGCACUUAUAUAUUUGUUACACUGUAUUGAAAGAGAUUGUGUUAAAUACACACGUUUACUCAGUGCAAUGUAGGAAUUGUGUGUUUAGUCUAAGACAAGAGCUUUCUUAAACAAGAAAGGUUGCGUCCUAGGCAUUUACAGAGGAUUGAUCCGGUUCCCUUAAUGGUAAUUGUAUCAAGCCUAAAGAAAAAAUAGGGCAUAUUGUAUGUUUAUCGUGAUUACAUGCUGCAGGCUACUCUGUGAUGAAUAAAGGACUUAUUUAGGAGUUUUAUACUGAAUGUUUGGGCACAAAUUCUUAUUUCUAUUCUUUACAGAACCUUAUGAAAUUAUAGGCAUUGUCUUGUUCUUCCCUGCAUUUAUCAACUAAUAUAAAAACAAUAUAAAAUGUUAAGCCUGACUUUUCAUGCAGACUGUCAAAUCCCUUUAUCAAAAAACAAGCUUUAUUAUUCUUUUCUUUGCAGUAUAUUCCAACUUUGUACUGGUGUCUUUAGAGAGAGAGAAAAAAACCAAAAUAACCUAGAAAAAGAUAUAGUCUUUUACAAAAUUCCAAAGAGAAAUUUACUAUGAGUAAGUAGCCCUAUAAAAAAGGAUGUAUUUGUUUUGCAGAAUAUUUUGAAGCCAAAAGAAGAAACAGAGAAUAAUUUAACCCUUAUUCUUCCCUUAAUAGCUUUCAUAUUUUUACACAUCGUGCCACAGUUGUAUACAUAGAUAUAAGUUUAUUGAAGAUACUGUAAUUAUAGAAAAUGUUGCUAUUUUAGAAAUCCCUGAAAUAAAAAAUGUAUUUGUCUUUCGAUUAAAACUAAUAAUAAUGGACACUGAAUAUGAGUAACAUAUAAACUCACAAUAAACCAAAGUGGCAAAUAACUAGUGUUGGGUUGAAAGAAGCCAACAAGCAUCACGCUUGUCUUUUUAGCAUAACUCAACAGUGACUGCAACAUUAGUGUACCAAGCAAUAAGUGCAAUGCAUUAUGAAGUGCAUAAUCUUCUAGACUAUAUAUUAACCUUCAUUUAGAUUGUUGUAUGUAUUUGGGGUUGUUGGGAUUAAACCAAACUGAACCAAACUGAAGUUAGCAACGCCAGACCACUUCUUAAUACUCUAAAAUGACAACAAUGAUCCAUUUCUUAAUUCAAUCAAAUGAUUAUUAUUGUAUGUAAUAAUCCAUUCUGGAUUCUUGGUCUGUUCAUUGUAUUGUGCUAGUGAUUGGAAACCCUGCUACCGCAAUAUACAACUUGAGGAUUGUUUCUUCUCCUUUUUUUUAAUGCAAAUCAUACCUUGACCUUAAGAGAAAAAUAUUUUGCUUUGUGCCUCAAAGUGAUGUAAAAUGUGACCAUAGCUUUUGCUGUGUUUAAUGAAAAAGAUGUGGACUGUGUCACUUUUGUUGCUGCAAAAAGUGUUAAUAAAAUGCUCUAUUUAUCCUUUUAUAUAAAAAA